AUGACUGCAGAAUAUUUCGAUAGUUUAACGGCAGCGCGCCCUUUGGUCAGUGUGUACACUGACAAAAAUGAGGCGGUGAAGGACAAGGGAGUUGCUUUGCCAGCAAUUUUCAAGGCUCCGAUCCGUCCGGAUGUUGUGAGCGAGGUGUCGCAGCUGAUGCGCCGUAAUCGUCGCCAGCCGUACGCUGUUAGUGAGGCUGCCGGUCACCAAACGUCGGCUGAAUCAUGGGGUACUGGCCGUGCGGUGGCUCGUAUUCCGCGUGUUCGCGGUGGUGGUACUCACCGUUCCGGUCAGGGUGCGUACGGUAACAUGUGUCGUGGUGGGCGCAUGUUUGCCCCGACCAAGACCUGGCGCCGUUGGCAUCGCAAGAUUAACAUUAACCUGAAGCGUUACGCUCUGGUUUCUGCUCUGGCCGCCACCGGUGUACCUGCUCUGGUGCAAUCGCGAGGUCAUAUCAUCGAUGGAAUUUCUGAGCUGCCUUUGGUAGUUUCCAACGACAUCCAGAAGUUCAAGAAAACCAAGCAGGCGGUCACUUUCCUGCGCCGGUCCAAGGUUUGGGCUGAUGUACAGAAGGUGUACAAGUCGCAGCGUCUGCGUGCCGGUCGCGGUAAGAUGCGCAACCGUCGUCGCAUCCAGCGUCGUGGACCGUUGGUGAUCUACGACCAGGAUGAAGGUCUACGCAAGGCGUUCCGCAACAUUCCCGGCGUAGAUACGAUGAAGGUGUCGAAGAUGAGCUUGCUGAAGUUGGCUCCUGGUGGUCAUGUUGGCCGUCUGUGCAUCUGGACCGAGUCGGCGUUUGCUAAGCUGGACGCUUUGUACGGCACCUGGGAAAAGAAGUCCCGCAUGAAGAAGGGUUACAAUCUGCCAACCCCAAUCAUGGCCAAUACCGAUCUGGCCCGUUUGCUGAAAUCGGACGAAAUCCGUCGUGUGCUUAAGGCCCCGAAGAGGAAGGUUUAUAGAUAUGUGCGCCGUUUGAACCCGCUGACCAACACCCAGCAAAUGUUGAAGCUGAACCCGUACGCCGCCGUGACGAAGCGUCGCGCUCAGCUGAUGACGAAGUUGCGCAAGUGUGAGCGUUUGGUGGCAAAGGCGGAGGCCAGCAAGAAACCACUGGAUGCCAAGCACAAGGCUGUCCUUUACAUCGAGCAACAAAAGCGACGAGUGCAGCGAGUGCAGAAGCGAUUGGAUUCACGAAAGGCGAAAGUCGACAAGAAGUUGGCUGACUACAAGGCCGCCAAAAAGGACGGAAAACUGCCGGAGAAGAAGAACGCGAAAGCUGGCAAGAAAGCCUUGAAGAAGGUCGUAAAGAAGUAA